AUGCGUGGGCACGUCCGGUUGACGCCAUCAAUGAUCCCCAAUUCUCCCGAUUUCGACGUCAAGGAUUCAACGUUUUUCAGCAAAUGGAGUCAGCUACUUUCACCAGAAGAAGUUCGCACACAAGCCACAGUCCAACACCUUGCAAGAGUUAAUCCAGAUAAUAGGAAAGUCUACUCAACCACCGCCCCUUAUGUGAGACCACCGCCCGUGAUAUUCGAUGAUAUGAGACUAUUCAUUAAGUGGGGAAGCGCUGUAAGAAUACCAGAGGCUCAGUGCCUGUAUGCAGUCCGUCAAUUCCUUCGGGACGAUGUCCCAGUUCCUGAAGUAUAUGGGUGGCGCACGGAUGGAGAGGAGAAGUUUAUCUACAUGGAAUAUACAGAAGGACAAACUCUGGAGCAACUAUGGGAUGUAAUGGAAACUAGUGACCGGGUUUUAAUCUGUCGUGAACUUCGAACAGUUUAUAACAAUUUGCGUCAACUAGAACAGGAUUCAUCUAAUAUAUUCAUAGGCAACAUUGUACGCGAUCCUCUUUAUGAUAGAGCAUUCCAUAUAGAAUACAUGUCAGAAGCCGGCCCAUUCACCACAGUUCAAGAUUUUCACAACUGGUUCACAUUUCUCUACCGGAGGCCAAUGGUGGAUCCACAUUCGGUCCCGAUUGAACCAUUUCGCCAUGAGCUACCUGAUAACUGUACUAUUAAGUUUACUCACGGCGAUCUGCACCGCAGCAAUAUUAUUGUAACACCCUCUCGGCCGUAUCAGAUUCUGGCAAUUGUUGACUGGGAGCAAUCAGGGUGGCUACCUGCCUACUGGGAGGCCCGCAAGGCGCAGUAUACUGCUGAUAGGAGUGAAGAAUGGUCUAUACAGUACUUACCAAUGAUUUUGGAUCAGUAUUCAAGCACCUGGGAUCCAUGGGACAUUACACAAUGA